UCUAGUUUUUCUUCCUCUGGGACUGAGAGAGCCAAGGCAACUGUGCUGAUUGCUGACCUCUUCCUAGUCAUGACGACGGAGCCACCGCCAACGCCGUCUUCUUCUAAUCCGUGGAGGAGGACGUUGAGGACAGCUGUGGCAGCUCUGCUCGUGGAGUGUGGGUACCAGUCGGCAGAUAACAUGGCCCUGGAAACGCUUCUGGAAAUUGUCCAAGCUUACAUAUGGGAAGCAGGACGGAGUUCAGGCGCUUACGCAGAGUUGGCCGGAAGAACACGAGUGAUGCCAAGUGAUGUUGUCAUGUCACUCGUUGAAAUGGGUGUUGACUUCACCAAGCUGCCGGGUCACGCAAAGAGAGAGAACAAAAGUCUCAUUCUUCCUCCCCUGCAAGCCCCCAACCCACCACAAGCAAAAAUUUUACAAGUUGGCGAUAAGAGAAAGCACCCAGGCCACAUCCCAGACCACUUGCCCUCGUUUCCCGACCCUCACACGUACAUCAAAACUCCUUGCGUCAGACAGCCUGCCAAUGAGUACCAGCUGGUGCGAGAGAAAGCAGCAUCCCAGAAAAGGGACGUGGAGGUUGGCUUGACUCGUUUUAUUGCCAAGACUGGAGCUACGCAUUCUCUCUUCAAGGACGACAAGUCUUCUUUUCCAUUGAUAGCCUGUAAGCCAAGCGCGCUGCCCUACAUGUCCGCCCUGCUCCCCAUGGACAGCGAGGUGUCCUCUCAAGACGGCAGCGAGCUGGAGACUGGCAGCGGGCACCACCAGUCGUCUGCCCCUGGCCUGAGGGUGAACGAAGAGGGCCCGAACCCCGACGCACAACUUGAUGCUGACGCCAUCGACAAUCCGUAUCUCAUCCCAGCGAAAAUUACGAAAAAGAAGUGGGCCAGAUGAUAUUGGCCUCGUAUUAUUUGUAAUGUUUUUGUAAAUAAAUCUUGCAA